GGCUCAAGCUGUGUCCCACUAUGGGCAGCUUUUUGUUGAGAAUAGUCGUAAUUCGCAAUGCAUUGCUUACAUUGGUCGCUGGCCAGGAGGUGUUUGACUCACCGGUACGGCUGAUGCACAUCACUGACAGUCACAUAUCCUUAGCCAACGAGGCACCGCCCCGCUCGUCACGGAUGCAUGCUGCGUUUUCAAGGAGCCGGAACCGGGAAACCAAUGCAUUCACAACUCCAGCGCAAGAGUUUUCAAGGCUGGUGAAUCUCGCGCGGGACUGGAACGUUGACUUGGUAGUGCUAGGUGGCGACAUUUUGAACUUCCCGUCCAAUCGAACCAUGAUGUGGGUGCUGGAGCAGUUGCGGCUGACGGGCAAAGAUUUCAUCUUCACCUCGGGGAACCACGACUGGCUGCUGGAGGGCCAGCGUGGGGCCGCGCGCUACGACGCCGACCGCGUCUCGGAGCUGUCUUCCACCUUCCGGCCCUUCUACGAACAGAGCGUCUCGAGUGUCAGUUCUUGCUACAACAACCUCGGUUAUUGGGAUCGCCCUGGAAUUGGAAUUCUCUACGGCUGCGCAGUGGUCAAAGGCUUGCUGCUGCUCUUCGUAGACAACUCCAAUUUUCAGGUGGACAGCGACCAACUCGAAUUUGUGCGUGUCCAGCUGUCCAAUGUCGCCGCGAACGUACCGGUGGUUGUGUUGCUCCACAUCCCCUUGAUGCUGCCGGGCAUGAAGCUGCCGCCCAAAGAGCUCUGCGGUCACCAGCACUGGGGCGCUGCCACAGACGUGUUGUGGCAAGUGGAAGACCGGCCAAGAUGGCCCUCCGGGAACCUGCAGAGCACCUUGGACUUCCGUGAGCUGAUCCAGGCGCAUGCCGCUCCCGGGCCCAUCGUGGCCUUGCUCUCAGGCCACACGCACGAGGACGCAGCCGUGGCCCUGAGCCCGGAAGAGCGCUGCGCCAACGGCACCUGGACGGUGCGCUCUGAGGGCGGGCGCGAGCGGGUGGAGGCAAGUGGCGCGCUCCAGUACACGACCCACACUGCUGCUGAGGGCGCGUACCGUCUUCUUACCAUAUAUUGAGAGUGGCGCUUUCAGCCGGGGCAUGGCUUUGCCGCGCAAGGCCGCAAAGCAGCAACGCAAGCAGGAUUCUUAGCAGUGUGUGAGCCGGGCGUCCUUAAGGGACCCGGUGGCCGGGGGCUAUGGCGAGG